UCUUGCAUCCAAGAUGGUGCAGAUGUGGAGUGAAUGGCACCGUGUCUGUGGUGGGUCUUGUGGCUGCUGAGAGGUGCAAUACCUGCUUUACCAAAAGGUUAGCGAGAUGUUUUGGAGGUCUGCAGGUCAGCGGGGGUCUGUCGGACUCCUCCGCUGCUGGUCCCUGACGGUCAGUCCCAAGACUCUCACACCUCCCCGGUGCCCGGUGCACUUUUCACGGUCUCUUUCCUUCUCUGCCCCCCUAAAGUCUUCGACUCAUGAAGAGGUGAGGCAGCCUCUUAGGCAGUGGGAUCUGGCGGUGAGCCCCUUCACCACGGUGCGCGCACAGAUAGGCUGCAGCAUAUCCAUCCACCCGCUGGACCCGCACGCCUACCCCGAGGCUGACCGAGCCUUCAUAACAGUCCAUGGGGCACACAAAGAGCAGGAGGUCUGUCUGGACCGGUUAAACGUUCACUAUGAUGAACGAAGCAAAGAGCUCCUAAUAUCCGCUGAGAAGGUGGACAGCGAAGUGUCCAUUGAAAUGGCUGCACCCAUCAAAAGCAAUCUUUUCAUUACUACUCAAGGAAGGGGCAGUGUGCAAGUUAAGAACAUGGAGUGUGAUAUCUGCAAGGUGCAAACAGAAGAGGGCAACUGCUUGCUGCACUCUGUCAAGGCUCAUCAGGUUGAGGUGCAGUCCCACGAAGGGCAAGUUACAGGUGUGGGCACGAUCAAUGGCAACGUGGUCAUCAGCACUGGUGGAGACAGUGCAGUGGAUGUCAAGAAGCUCCAGGGCACCAAGAUGAAUGUGUCAACAGAACACGGCCCUCUGAAGGUCAAAGCCAUCUAUGCCGAGUCCAGCUGCAUCUCCUCCCGCUCGGGGAGAGUGGACCUGGGACAUGUACACGGUGAGACUACUGUGAAGAACAUGUCUGGAGAUACAGUUAUAGAUGGUUCAAAUAGCUUCCUGAAGGUUUCCUCUCACAGCGGAGGCAUCGAUGUCUACGUGGGAGACGGUGGCAGUGCUGAGCUUCACAGUCAGGAAGGAGCGGUGAGUGUGCGUGUGCCAUCCUCAUUAAGAGCUGGGGUGAAACUUUGUGGGAUGUCGGUGGAUAUCAGCCCAGAGGUUGUUCUGCAUGGAGUAGAAAACAACACAACUGAAGGCCAUACCACAGUUACUGGCUACAUGAAUGGAGAGUCUCCGGCUGAUCAGUGGGUUAAAGCUCAGGCAGACGGAGGCUCCGUCAGACUGACUGUACAAAGCUGGUUUGAGUCCCGGAGGCUCGGCAGCUGAGCAGCCCAUUGAGUCGUAAUUAUGCAUCACUGCACUGGGACUUUAAAAUGACAAGAAAGAGCCAGACUUUAUUGCAGCUCCAAGAGACUGAGUGUUAAUUAUUUAACUCUGUGCUCAGGAUAUACUGUAUUAUAAUCUGAAGUAUUACAAAUGUUCUAUAUGUGUAAGAAACCACUGUACAUACUGUACUUUACCAUAUAGACUCCACUGAGUUUGAGAGGCAUACUAUACUCUAUAUGUGCACCAAACUGUCAGUGUUCUGGAUGUUUAAAAAAAAAAAGAAAUUUGCUAAUUCUUUGUCCAA